AGCUGGUGCGGGGCCUCCUGGCUGCAGGACUGCGAGUGUGUGUGACGUGGCUGUCUUAGCCUGGCUUUUGUGCAGAUUUUCUUUUGCCCUUUGUCUUGGCCUUUGUUUUUGUCUUUGUUUGGCCUUUGUUUUGUCUUUGUUUCACUCUUUGUUCAAACUUUCUUUGGCUUUUGUUUGGUCUUUCUUUAGCCUUUUGUUUGAACUUUGUGUGGCCUUUUUGUGGUCUUUGUGUAGCUUUUGUUUUAAGUGCAUCUUGGCUGAGAACCCAUCAAAAACACCUUGUGCAAUGAAGAACCUGGAUAUAUGAUCUCUCCCUAUAUAUUCUGCGUGUACUGAGGAGACCUCCACCCCCACACAGGGUCCUGCACAGACGUGGGACCUGUUCCGAACGGCUGCUACCCAAGGAAAAAAAGAAGCAAAUGAUACCCAGACCAGCUUGUAACAGAGAUCUAAUCAGCAGAUGUGUACGGAUGAAAGUACAGUGAGAUGAGUGAGAAGGCGCGCAAGGAGGGCCGCCGGCUCUCCAAGAACCAGAGGCUCUCCGAGCACUUCAGCAUCCGCUGCUGCCCGCCCUUCACCUUCCUCAACUCCACGCGCGAGAUCGUGGAUCGCAAGUACAGCAUCUGCAAGAGCGGCUGCUUCUACCAGAAGAAGGAGGAAGACUGGAUCUGCUGUGCCUGCCAGAGGACCAGCACCAGCCGCCGGGCGAGGUCCCCUCCGAGGCCCAAGGUCCAGCCAGCUGCGCCCCCAGCCGUGGUCAGAGCGCCAGCCAAGCCGCGGUCCCCCCCGAGGCCCGAGCGCCAGCCGCGCCCUCGCCCGGAGCGCCGCCCGCCUGCCAAGCAGCGCACCCCCCCGAAGCCCGCGCCGCCGCCGCGCCGCAGCCCCCCGAAAGGGCCGGGCGCCGGCCGCGGGGGGUUCCCCGGCAGAGGGUUCAGGCUCUGGUAGCACCUGCUCCCCUGUCCCCGCCCUCAGGUUGAAAAGGAGGACCAAGCCGACCACCCCCCGGAAGAAGUGACAGGAGCCUCCCGCGAAUGGGCGGCCUCAGCCCCCACACUCCCUGCCGCUCCACCCACGUGCCCUGGGGCAGGUUCUUUACUGUAACUGUGACACGGGUGACACCGCGAUGCCCAGGGUCUCCUUGUCAGGUGCCCGGCGGCCUGCCUGGAGCAUUUGGAAGAUAUUCUAUUGUCUUCUGACCUCUGUAAUUGCCAAUGAGAAAUCAGCUCUCAGUCCGCUUGCUCUUCCAUUGACUCAAGUUUCUUCAAUCUGAAGAUGUAUAUCUUUCUUCAGGGAUGUGCCAAAAAAAAAAGAUAUCAUUGAAUAACCAUCAUAUUGGCAAAAAUUAAAAAUUACCAAAUGUUGGCAAGGAUGUGGGAAAAAUUCUCAUAAGCUACUGAUGAGAAUUUAUAACUAUUACAACACCUUUGGAGUGAAAUCUCGGAAUAUUGGUAAAGCAGGAUAUUGUAUAAGCUAUGAUCAAGCAAGUGUGAUUUUAGGCACCCUUCCUAGAGAAAACUUUCAUUCAUGGAAAAAGGAGAGACAUUUAAAUCUGUUCCGUGAAGCAAGCACUAUUUGCCAUUAAAAAAAAGAGAGAGAGAUAGAAAGAUAUUAAUCAAAAUAUCCACCGAUGGGAGAAUGAAUAAACCAAUACUGGUAUAUCCACAAAUAAAACCCUAAACAGCAGUUAAAACCAAUGAAUCCGAUAUGCUUCAUCAGGUAGAUAAAUUUGGAAAACAAAAUGUGGAAUAUAAAAAGCAAAUAGUAGAUGGUAAUUGCAACAAGAUGCCCCAUGCCUGAAAUUUAACAACCCACGAUACUAUAAUUUCCCAAUAAGCAGAAGCCAUAAAAUCUCACAGUCUCAGUGAUGCAGUAGAAUAAAAAAUGACAACAGCACAAAAGGCUAUUCAAGAAAUGUCGACCCUUUUCCACAUCAAAAAGAUUUGAAAUAAUUCCUGUUUUGAAGAAAUAACAGAAAAGCUGUAUAGAAAUAGUCAACAAUAUUAGCCAGAUACAGACGUUUAUGGGGAGAUAAGUGGGAGUCUAAUGAAAAGCCAGGGGUCUCUCCAAAGUUCUUAGUCUUAGAAAACAAAAACACUUGUUCUAAGUCCAUUUUUGGUCUGGGUUACUGUAGCUUCUGCUGGCUUCUGACAUGGAGAAAAAGGACAGAGUUGAUACACCCUUCCUCUCACUCCUUUAAUAAUGGGCAGGAAGACACAGUAGAAGGUCAUAGAAUGUUGUAGAAUGCGGACGGAUGUAAAACGGGCAGUAUGAGGGAGAGGGGAGCUCGGAGGAGAGGCAGGCAAGGCCGUGGGAGCUGUCUUGUGUUGGGAGCAGGGGCCAGGCAGGCUCAUGGCCUUGAAGGAGCACAGCCAGACCUUGUUGGGGCUAAAAGACAAAUGAGAAGGGGGGCAGUGCCAGAGAAAGUCCUGCUCCAGGCGUGGGGCUGGGGGAGUGGGAGGCCAGAGAGCAGGGAGAGUGCUGGCCAGGCAAGAGGCAGCGUGCAUGCUGCACCCCCCGGCCAGAGGGGUCAAGCCAGAUGCUGUCCCAGGGCAGCCCUGGGGGCGAGGCUGGCAUCCUGGCUUCCUCAUUGAGGGGAAGUUGCUUCUCUGUGGCAGUCACAGUACAAAGGCAAGGAAACCGAGCUGCACGGAGCCUUCAGGCAGCAAUGUUUCUCCUGCCUAAAUUCAGGUGCUAAAAGAGCAACAAAAUGACAACCUCCAAUGGGAACGGCUUCCAGAGAUGAGAUAGCUGAGGCCGUUUUAUUCCUAGGAAUAACCCCGGGGCCUGGUCACGACAGACCACUAGGAAGAACAAAUGAGGGCCAGACCCACCUGACCCUACAAGGAAACUUAACGGCCCUGCAGCCUGUUUGAGAUUUUGGCAAAGCCAAAGCCCGUACUCAGAGCUCACAGGGCUCUACCCACCCCGUAUCACCCAGAAGACGCAGAGUUACUCCAGGAUGCAGAAUCGGGGAGGGGAGAGCACAGCGUGUGUUUUUUCAUAUAAAAAAAAAUUGGAUAUUAGCACAGAAAUGUUAAUAACUAGAAAUUACUGAAUUCUCCAUGUUUGUUGUGAAAAUAAAACCCUCUGGGGAUGGGUUAAAGAUAUCUAGAAAUUACUUGAAACUCUGGAUAACUAAAUGGGUAUUAUAACUAAAAUGUGUUGUAACCCAGUUGUAUUUUUUGUUUUGUAAUGGUUGGUUCUGGGGAGCACUGAGCAGUGAAUAUGGCAAAGUGUACACAAAGCUCCCAGCACCAGUCUAGGUUAACUUCUUGUGCGAAGUUCUCCAACACGGCAUUCGGCAUGCAACUGUGAUCCUUCUGUGUGUUAACUGCUUAUAGGCUCUGACCUUUUGUUUUGGGCAGGCUGAGGUGUGUACCCAGACUUGUCCCGGUAGAUGCUAACAACUGGCUGUCUGGGUGGAAAUUCAUGAUUUACAGUGUUGGCCCAUUUCCAUGGUGUGAACACAUGCACUGUGACUGAUCGAGUGUGGGGUUGGCGAGAAGUGUGCAUAGUUGACUCGCCUGAGGCCACACUCCGUACCCAUGGGCCUGGGUGAAAUUGCUAUCUUUACUAAACAUUCUGUUCCAUAAAUAUACAAGGCACCAGUGAAAGAAAAAACAUAAAGGGAAAAUAAAUUCAAGUAAGAGAGCUCAAAGAGAGAAAAUUGAUAGAGGAGAUUGGUUUUUAAAUGCUGAGAAGUGGUAUUUGUCUAUAUUGUGCAUUUAUUGUUUUUUCUUAAGCAAACAAGGAAUCUGUGUGUCACACUCAGUGCUCUGAACUCAGUUUCUUUGGUGUCCCCUACAUGUUAGCCAGACCUUUUUUCCUUUCAGAUAUUGGUGCUAAGGUAAUACUUACCAAAGAAUCAACUCCUGCCCACCAGGGAGCCAGUUUCAGGGCAGCUGAGCUGUGUCAAGACAGAAGAAAAAAUGUGGCGUCUUCUGAAUUUUGAGGAGGCGAUGCUGACAUUUAGACCCAUUGGUUUGGUAUGAAAAUAUAGAGCUUUUAAAAAAACUAACAUUAAUAAAAACAACAAAAAUUUAGUUAUUCAAAGAGUGAGAAAAUAAAUUAAUGAACAUUUCUACUAGAGUCAGGCAAGAACUUAUUAAAAUAGAGGUGAAUUGAAAAUAUCUGUAAGAAUCCAUGGACUUGUCUUUUAAAGAAGGUUUUAUCCACUCUGUUCCCUCAGUGAUUUAUGCUGUUGGAUAUUUUUGCUGCCAUUCUGCCAAAUUCCAGCCAGAAUGUGGAAUGAGCUUAUUUGUAGAACUAGUGCCUGUGGAUUCUAAAACUGUUCUCCAAUGAAAGGAAAAUGCCCUCAGUGGAUAGUUGAUUCCAUCUUUCUGGGCAGGGAGAAAAAUCAGGAUUAGUUUGUGAAUUCUGGAUGUUGAAAGGAAGCAUCAGAGUAUCAGAGAACCAUAAAUCUGUAAGGAUGCAAGAGAGACUUCACUUUUGGUGGGGUUUUUGGCUUCUGAAGUUGUUUAUUGACAAGGUCAUAUAUUGAAUAAAACACAAAUCACGUGAGGCCCACAUUACACUUUUACAACCGACAGUUUGAAAAUGCAGGGUGCUGUUUCUCUGUAAGGAGAUGAACCCAUAGCAGGACCUAGUCAGAGGGGGUAUCAUGGACAUCACCCGAAUUCCAGAGAGCUCCGUGAAAUGUGGUUUAUUUGAUGGAAGAGGGUGCAGGCAGGCUGGAGGGAUCCAACUUCAGGUGAUGCUGGGACUGGCCUUCAGAGCUGUCCCUCUAAUCUUCCUGGCGUAAGUCACAACCUUCGCUGAGUGUUGCCGGCAGUGGUGGUAUAGCGCAUGGAGGUGUCCUCGAGCCGCACUGAAUCUUAGCAGCGAGCCAGCAUGUGUGUCCUGGUGCAAGUCAUACCAGGCUGCUCCUGGCCAUCUACCUGACAGCGGCCACGUUCCACUAUGAAAGGCAGGGGUUCUCCGUCCUAUGUCUGUAUCGUUUCUCUUACCGUGUGGCUGGAGGCCUCUGAUGGGAAAUCAGAACCAGCUUCUCUACCCACAGUAGGCACCACCCAUCUCACCUCAAGGGAGAAGACCCUGCAGAGGCCAGAAAGCGUUAAGGGGAUUCUGAGGAACAGGAAAUUUCGAGUGGGCAAUGUCAGACUGAAAAAACAUGCUGGGGAAGGCGUUUCAAAGCUACUUAAAAAGUAAAAGGAGAAAGACAAAAUAAAGGGAAAAUGUGCCACAAAAAUGCAAACUUUAACUGAGCUUCUAUUCCUAAGGAGAUUUUAAAGUUGAAGGAGCACAGGGAUAUGUGAGGAAACAGAAAGCCGAAAGCAAGAGUGACUUUGUUCAUGAAUAUGUAUGAAAACACGUGUGCGUGAAAAACAAAAAACCAAGCAGAGAAAAGGGGCACCAUAAUGUCUGCAAUGUCCCUGAGAUGUGAAUGCACGAUCAACAGGGAAGGAAGUCCUUGUGCCUCCAGUCACUUAGGCCUGGCGGGUUUGCUGCGCCUGCAUCCUGGUCUUCUCCCCAGGGUUGCCACGGGGAGGACUCUCUCUGUGGGGCGUGCAGGUCCAGCUGGAGUCAGCAGCAGAGAUCGCCACUGCCCCGAGCAAACUGCCCUGGCCCUCACGUUGGUGAGGAAGACCGUUCCUCUUCCAGGUCCCUUCGGUUGGUCUAGGAAUCAAACUGACCAGACAGAUUACCGGGAGACAAAACCUGAGUUUAAUUAGUGUUCAUGGGGGCCCAGCAGCUAAACUGAGACCCCAAGAAAUCGGCACGGCAGGCAGUUUUUGUACAUUUGAGACAGGCAAAAGAUUUAUGAGAAACUGAUGGGACAAAGAAAACAGGUUUGGGGCUUUCAGCUCGAAGGGGAUUCUGAGCAGCAUUUGGGCCGAGGUAGCUAAUGAAUAAAGGCACCAGGUGUGCCACCUGGGCCCCUAAUUCUCCAUCUGUGAUGUGGCCAAGACUCAGGAAAACUUAGGGGUGUUUUGAGGAGUUCAAAUUCCUUUCUUCAGAAGCUGGGGACUUGAAGUGGUUUUCAGGCCUGGAUAGAAAUGCUGUCUCAUUUCUGUGUCAGGCUGCUGAGCCACUGUUGCAGUGACGUCCCCCAUCCAGACCCACCCAUGGCGCCUCUCUGUCCUGCUCCCCUUGGUUUGCUUCCUUCCUCAGACCGGGUGGUUUUCUAUCAGGUGGCUUUUCAGUGCUGCCCUGCUUCCUCCUGGGCCUUGCCAUCCCCAUCUGAACAGUGUAGACCUCAGCCCGGCCUCUCCUGGGGUCCUAGGCAGUGGCUUCUUGACAGAGAAAGUGGGCCACCUUCUGCCUCUGGGCCACCUUCUGCCUCUGGCCGGGCCCCCCAGCCCACUUCUGGUGCCUGUCAGCCCCCACGCCACCCCCAGGCACAAGUCAUCUCCCUCACCUUGCGGUCAGUCUCCCUCUGUUCUCUUAAAUACUGGAAAGCAUUUGGACUGAAUUAAUUCUUCAGUAACAACAGUGUUACACAGAAAUUCUUGCAAGAGCAGGUAAAGUUUUGGAGUCAGAAAUGUCCCCAUGCAGAGGGAUCCUCUGAGUCUAAGACAGUGAAGGCUGUGAACAGUGAAGGCUCCUUAGAGUCACAGACCUGGCACAGGUACAGACGUUUGACUUUAGAGGGUCCAACAUACCUAAAAGACAAGCAACAAACCCAGUCCCAGAACAGGUACACAAAUGGCCUUGGGUCUCAGAGAAGCCUCUCUCCUGGACCCUGUGCAGAAGACACUUUUUAUCCUUAAGAACAAUGUAGCAACUGAUAUUGUUGGGGAGGCCAUUGAGACAGGUUUGAGAGGAGAAAGACAGCAGGAAAACACAGAGGCUGUCCUUAAAGUACAGGAAAAGAGGCCAGUGCUGAAAGAGCUCACCCAUGCGGACAGCACAAGAGCCACCACCCCAUCCUGCACGUCUGGAGACCAGAUAUCCCCUGCUGAGUAUAGGAUAUGGCGCUGGGUAUGACCCUGCAGGGGCACAGAUGGGGCCUUCCAGGGCUUCUGCAUGAAUGGGGUGGAAGAGGCACCUGGGGUGGGUCGGAGAUAAGGCCACUUCCUGAGAAUUAAGAUUUCCUUGCCAAGUGUGCAAUAGAUGAUCUUAUACCUAAAAACUCAGCCAUGGGAGCUUGCCCAUGAGGGUCCAGCACAGAGUGGAGCUACUGAGCACCCAGUGCUAAAGGAUGUGCAUCUGAGGGCCAAGGGCUAUGACAGCGGCCGAGGGAACCGAGACGGGCUGCAAGGGCGCACCUGGGGCAGAGAGGGGCACUGGGAGCAGGGGCUCCGGGGCUGGCCCACUGCUCGUUCACAGGCACUUUAUAGCUGAGCCAGCUCACCACACUGGGCACUGUCAUGGUAAAUCACAACCAACAGGGCCUCCGAGUGGUUUUGUAGCAAACUGAAUGGUUCCCAUGCACAGCCCAGCCAUUUACCCAUCAACACAGGACCGCAUAAACAUCAGUCCCCCCUUCCCUGACCUGCAGAGAAAGUUUACAGAACUAUGCCCUGUUAGGUAUUUCCUAAGAUAACGUGCUAUUGUAUUUAGUCAUAAUGCAGCUCUUUAAGACAGCAUUUUAGAUGAGAAAAAAAAUAAAGUUCAGAGACUUACCAGAAGUCACAUGGCUGAUACUUAAGGCAUCUGAGAUGCUGACGUGCAAGGUCCACUCCUCAGCCCUCCUUCCCUGGCCAAUCUCAAUGCACUGACUCUGCCUGGGCCACCCUCAGGGCUGGAAGGCCUUCGGAAUGCUUCCCUCAGGGGUGGGGGAUGUCCCUGUCACUGCCCUCCCCCCAUGUGUGUGACCAGGACACUCCAUGCUGUCUGGCCUGUGCUGGUCAUUGGUGGUGAGUCACAGGGUUGCAGAGUAGUGGAAAGACCCAGCUACCCACACUUCAGAUCCAGGUGCGGCUAGGCUGCAGCUUCAGAUGGGAACCUCUGCAUUGAGCAUAACCCUGGUUCUCUACCCUUUCCGGCCAGGCUCCUGGCUUGUGCCAGAUCCUGAGUCACCCCAGGAUCAUCCUUCUCACUCAUCUUAAUAAAAAUAGCCAUCGUUAA